AUGGCAAAAAAAUAUGCAAUUGAAUCCUUUGACAGAGUACUUAGAGAUUUGCUGAAUUCUGAUCAAAUAUUUGGUGGAAAACUCAUUGUUUUCGGUGGAAAUUUUCGACAGACUUUACCAAUCGUCCACAAAGGUCAAAGAGAAGAUUACAUUUCUGCAUCUCUCAUCAACUCAUAUAUUUGGCCACACCUCCAAAAGAUUCGAUUGACUGAAAAUAUGAGAGCAUUUCUCGAUCCAUCAUUCUCAGAUUUUCUGCUCAAUAUUGGAAAUGGCACACAAGCAACCAUUGCAAAUGACAAGAUACAAUUGCCUUCUUCUAUGAUUGUCUCUUUCAUUAAUGAUGAUCAGCAAUCCUUGCACACUCUGAUAGACACUGUUUAUCCAUCUCUAUCUAGCUUUUGCCCUCAGAAUUCAACUCUCAUUAACAGAGCCAUUCUCAGUACAACAAAUGAUAUUGUGCACGAAAUCAAUCAAAUUUUGAUUCAGAAGUUCCCUGGAGAAGAAAUCAAAUAUAUCAGCUUCGAUAAGACAAUAAAUCCAACAAAACAAGCUGAUCACGGUGACUUCUUAAAUACUAUCCACCCCCUGGAUUACCUCCACAUUUGUUGA